UGCUGGCUGUUGCCAAAAUGACAGGAUAAAGUCUGAAGCAUAAGCAUAAGUAGCACAGCACAAUAAAAUCAGGGGACAGCAAGGAACAGGAUAAAAUUUAUUGGAAUUAAUUAUGCCCUUACGUUGUUAUUUCUUAUAAUGGAACCCAUUCUUAGAUUAAUCCAAGCAGCCCUAUGUAUAUAAACCAAGGAAUACAAUAGCACAUUUUUCCUGGUAAAUAUGCAUCCUAUUGUUUUUUGAGAUAAUUUCUAUCUUAUUUUAAAGUAGUACUUACCCUCUGCAUUCUACUAUUAAUCUGAUUUUCUUUCCUAGGUUACUGAAAAUUAAACACUAGUUUGUGUGCAAACCUCACUGCAACUUGACCAUGAUCAGUGUAACCUGGAGCUUCAUCCUUAUUUGGACAAAGAUAGGGCUGUUGCUCAAGAUGGCACCUCACUUUAUCAGUGCCAAAUCAUGCCCUUCCGUAUGCCGCUGUGAUGCAGGAUUCAUUUACUGCAAUGAUCGUGACUUGACUUCUAUUCCAACUGGGAUUCCAGGGGAUGCUACAACUCUUUACCUUCAGAACAAUCAAAUUAAUAAUGCUGGAAUUCCUUCCGAACUAAAAACCUUAAUAAAAGUAGAGAGAAUUUAUUUAUAUCACAACAGCUUGGAUGAAUUCCCUAUCAACCUUCCAAAAUAUGUCAGAGAAUUGCAUUUGCAAGAAAAUAACAUAAGGACAAUUACUUAUGAUUCACUGUCACAAAUUCCUUAUCUAGAAGAAUUGCAUUUGGAUGAUAAUUCUGUUUCUGCUGUUAGUAUUGAAGACGGAGCCUUCCGGGAUAAUAUUUAUCUCAGACUACUUUUUCUUUCUCGAAAUCACCUUAGCACCAUUCCCUGGGGCUUGCCUAAAACAAUAGAAGAGCUGCGCUUGGAUGAUAAUCGUAUUUCCACAAUUUCAGAGCUGUCCCUUCAAGAUCUUACAAAUUUAAAACGUCUAGUUUUAGAUGGAAAUCUCUUAAGCAAUCAUGGAUUAGGAGAGAAGGUCUUCACAAAUCUAGUCAAUUUAACUGAACUCUCACUAGUUCGUAAUUCUCUUACAGCAGCUCCAGUAAAUUUGCCAGGCACAAAUCUGAGAAAGCUUUAUUUACAAGAAAACCAUAUCAAUCAUGUACCACCUAAUGCUUUUGCAUAUCUACGACAACUAUAUCGAUUAGAUAUGUCAAACAACAAUCUCAGUAAUUUACCUCAGGGUGUCUUUGAUGACCUAGACAAUAUAACCCAAUUGUUUCUUCGCAACAAUCCUUGGCGCUGUGGGUGCAAAAUGAAAUGGGUUCGUGAUUGGCUACAAACCCUGCCCCUCAAAGUUAAUGUGCGUGGACUGAUGUGUCAAGCACCAGAAAAAGUGCGUGGGAUGGCUAUCAAAGACCUAAACAAAGAGUUAUUUGAUUGUAAAGGUGAAGAUAUUGUAAGCACGAUCCAAAUUACUGCUUCAAUACCAAACACUUUAUACCCUGUGCAAGGACACUGGCCCAUUUCUGUGACCAAAUCUCCUGAAAUAAAGACUGCUAAUCCACAUAAAAAUUACAGAACAGCUUCCCCAACGCAGGAAAUCAUUACCAUAGUUGUAAAAUCCGUAAGUACGGAGACUAUUCAUAUUUCUUGGAAAGUUGCACUACCCAUGACUGCUCUGAGACUUAGUUGGCUCAAAAUGGGUCACAGCCCAGCCUUUGGAUCUAUAACUGAAACCAUUGUUACAGGGGACCGAAAUGACUAUCUGCUCACAGCACUUGAGCCAGAUUCCCCAUACCGUGUAUGCAUGGUUCCCAUGGAAACCAGUAACAUUUAUCUAUAUGAUGAAACUCCUGUCUGUAUAGAGACUGAAACUGCUCCCCUCAGAAUGUACAAUCCUACAACAACCCUAAACCAUGAACAAGAGAAAGAACCAUACAAGAACUCUAACUUGCCCUUAGCUGCCAUCAUAGGGGGUGCAGUGGCACUGGUAGCUAUGGCAUUGCUUGCUUUAGUCUGUUGGUAUGUCCACAGGAAUGGUUCCUUGUUCUCGAGAAAUUGUACCUAUAGCAAAGGACGGCGAAGAAAAGAUGACUAUGCUGAGGCUGGAACUAAGAAGGACAAUUCCAUCCUAGAGAUCAGGGAGACUUCUUUUCAGAUGAUCUCUCUGAACAAUGAGCAAGUGUCUAAAGAGGAGUUUGUAAUACAUACCAUAUUUCCACCUAAUGGAAUGAAUCUGUAUAAAAACAACCACAGUGAAAGCAGUAGUAACAGAAGCUACAGAGACAGUGGUAUACCUGAUUCAGAUCACUCACAUUCAUGAUAGUAAGAAAAUGGAAGACUUGGGGUAGCUACUUUUUCUCACAAAGGAAGGCAACUUUACUGGUUGCUGGCCUACUACAGAACACUGGAUUAAAAGACUGUAUAAGCAAUGUAUUGUACAUUUGCCAUAUAAUUUAUAUUUAAGAACUUUUUAUUAAAAGUUUCAAAUUUCAGGUGACUGCUGCAAUUAAUGUAGCAAGGAUGCCUGAAAACAAUUCUAUAUUUUAGUAUUUUUUAGUAAUUUGUACUGUAUUUUCCUUCCUACUAUUGAAAUUACAAACCAUUUAACUUUUGUGUUCAACUGAGUAAGAUGACUUGUUGACUGUGAAAGUGAAUUUUCUUGCUGUGUUGAACAAUCAGGACUUCGCUACAUCUGAGAUCCUUGUAAGUAUAAGCACAGGCCAUAUUCACUUUGGUAUCCAUUAAAGGUAUUUAAAAAUGGCUACAAAAUUGAUAAAAAUACAAUCCUGGGUAUAUUAAGCCAACUAGCAUUUAGUAAAUCAAAUAGCAAAAUAGUGGGCAAUACCAGUUAUACAGCUGUAAACAAUAAAAUAGCUGUUGGAAACUACAACAGAUAGCUGAAAUCUCGUAAGGCAAAUGUACUUAAGCACACUCCACUGACCCAAAUAGAGAUGUGCGUAAAACAGAUUUUUUCCCCAAAACCAUAGCAAAGCCACUGCACUGCAAGAGGGUGGGGUAGAGUAUUCUGCUAAACCAUUCAAAGUCAGAGUUUAAUAGGAUUGAAGCUUAGAACACUUCAUUUGUUCUACAUUUCAGACAAAUCAGGAUGGGGUGAGUAUCAGGGCUGGGGCACAUCAUUCCCUCCUCAUCACUGCUUGUCCGGUAUAUCCCAC